CUGGGAAAGUGGGUCCCCGAGCUUCCCUAGCUGGGUGGGUGCUGCCGUCGACCGGGCGUCACUGCAGAUCCAAGGUCGCCGAUUGAUGAGGUGAAGCCGCCCGCCAGUUCCCUGCCACGCCCGGACUGUGGUAGUUGCGGAGGCGGCAGCUUCGGCUGCAGCUCUCAGGCUGUGGCAGCAUUAGGGGCUUCUUCCUCCUCAGCGAGUGCGAGUGUAGGAGCGAGGACGCCGGGCCAUUGCCGCCAUGACUGUCCAGGGGCUGACAACCACAUGAGCACUGACAGCCGCAGAUGUCACUUGACUCACCACAGAAACCCUGUCCUAAAGGGAGCGUACACAUGACCACGUCCAUUUCUUUCCCGAAUGGCUUGAUGGAUUUCCUUUACCCCAGUGCGUACCAAAGCGACCCCUUUCGACCACAGCGAGAGAGGAUUCUGCAUGAGUCACUCCCAGGAUGCCAUUUUCACGUCGCCAACAGGUGAAGAGAACCCCAUGAAUAGCAACCACAGAGACUCGGAGAGCAUCACUGAUGUCUGCUCCAGCGAGGAUCUCCCCGAAGUCGAGCUGGUGAACCUGCUGGAAGAGCAGCUGCCGCAGUAUAAGCUCAGGGUGGACUCCCUCUUCCUCUACGAGAACCAAGACUGGGCGCAGUCUUCACAGCAGCACCAGCCUCAGGAUGCGCCGGAGACCCUGUCUCCCGUCCUUGCCGAGGAGACGUUCCGCUACAUGAUUCUAGGCACAGACAGAGUGGAGCAGAUGACCAAAACCUACAAUGACAUCGACAUGGUCACACAUCUCCUGGCAGAGAGGGAUCGAGAUCUAGAGCUAGCUGCUCGGAUUGGGCAAGCUCUCCUGAAGAGGAACCAUGUCUUAUCUGAGCAGAAUGAAGCCCUGGAGGAGCAGCUGGGACAAGCCUUUGAUCAAGUUAACCAGCUGCAGCAUGAGCUUUCCAAGAAGGACGAACUGCUUCGGAUCGUUUCCAUUGCUUCUGAGGAGAGUGAGACCGACUCCAGCUGCUCCACGCCUCUUCGGUUCAACGAGUCCUUCAGCUUAUCGCAAGGUUUGCUGCAACUGGACAUGCUGCAGGAAAAGCUCAGGGAACUGGAGGAAGAGAACAUGGCCCUUCGAUCCAAGGCUUGCCACAUCAAGACAGAAACCUUCACCUAUGAAGAGAAGGAGCAGCAGCUGGUCAACGACUGCGUUAAAGAACUUCGUGAAACCAACGCGCAGAUGUCCAGAAUGACGGAAGAACUGUCGGGCAAGAGUGAUGAGCUGCUCCGAUACCAGGAGGAGAUCUCGUCCCUGCUGUCUCAGAUCGUGGAUCUGCAGCACAAGCUUAAAGAGCAUGUCAUCGAGAAGGAAGAGCUCAGACUUCACCUGCAGGCUUCCAAGGAUGCCCAGCGACAGCUGACCAUGGAGCUUCAUGACUUACAGGACAGAAACAUGGAGUGCCUGGGGAUGUUACACGAGUCCCAAGAAGAAAUAAAAGAGCUUCGCAGCAAGUGUGGCCCGGCCGCUCACCUCGGCUUCUCGCAGGCUUAUGGAGUUUUCACGGGGGAAUCGUUGGCAGCUGAGAUUGAAGGGACCAUGCGUAAAAAGCUGAGUUUGGAUGAGGAGUCUGUGUUUAAAGACAGGGCCCAGCAGAAGCGGGUGUUCGACACUGUCAAGGUUGCCAAUGACACUCGGGGCCGCUCCGUCCCCUUCCCAGCCCUGCUCCCCAUCCCAGGCUCCAACCGCUCAAGUGUCAUCAUGACAGCAAAGCCCUUUGAGUCUGGCGUCCAGCAGACAGAGGACAAAGCACUCCUGAGCCAAGGGAGCAGCAUGGAGACUCCAGGGAACUCGCAGCCCGCCAGCCACCCGGGACCCACUGAGGACAGCGAUUUGGCUACGGCACUGCAUCGCCUUAGCCUGCGAAGACAGAACUACUUAAGUGAGAAGCAGUUCUUCGCCGAAGAGUGGGAGCGAAAGAUCCAGGUUCUGGCCGAGAAGGAAGAAGUCAGUAGCUGCGACGCCCCCACAGGGACCCUCGACUCAUUCUGCGCUGAUCAGUCGGAGACCACAGACCUUGGCAGUGCCAGCUGCCUUCGAGGCUUCAUGCCAGAAAAAUUGCAAAUCGUCAAGCCUUUAGAAGGAUCUCAGACUCUCCAUCACUGGCAACAGCUCGCUCAACCAAACUUGGGAACCAUCCUUGACCCGCGACCAGGGGUCAUUACCAAAGGCUUCACCCAGAUGCCCGAGGAGGUCAUCUACCACCUCUCAGAUUUAGAGGAGGAUGAGGAGGAGGGGAUCACUUUCCAGGUCCAGCAGCCGCUUCAUGUGGAGCAGAAACCUGCAGCUCCCACGCCAGUAACAGGGAUCUUCCUGCCACCCAUCACCUCAGCAGGUGGACCGGUUACAGUCUCUGUUUCAGUUGCAACUGCGAACCCAGGGAAGUGUCUGUCAUGCACAAACUCCACAUUCACCUUCACCACCUGUAGGAUCCUGCAUCCCUCUGACAUCACCCAGGUCACCCCUAGCUCCGGGUUCCCGUCACUGUCCUGUGGAGGUGGUGGGAGCAGCUCCUCCAGCCCGGCUGUGAACUCCCCUGCCUUGUCCUACCGGCUCAGCACUGGGGAAUCCAUCACCAACCGGCGUGACUCCACCAUAACACUCAGUAGCACGCGGAGCCUAGCCAAGCUCCUGCAGGAGCGAGGCAUCUCUGCGAAGGUGUACCACAGCCCAGCUUCAGAAAUCCCGCUUCUGUGGCCUCGCCCCAAGGCCCUGGCCACCCCUUCCACACCACCAAACUCCCCAUCACAGUCACCGUGCUCCUCUCCCUUGCCCUUCGAACCCCGAGUCCACGUCUCCGAGAAUUUUUUGGCUUCCCGACCAGCUGAAACAUUCCUGCAGGAAAUGUAUGGCUUAAGACCUUCAAGGACCGCGCCCGAUGUUGGCCAGCUGAAGAUGAACUUGGUAGAUAGGCUAAAGAGACUGGGCAUAGCCAGGGCGGUCAAGACCCCUGAUCCCCAGGAGAACGGGAAAAGCCGAGAGGCAGAAACGGGUCUUCCAAAACCAGAGUCUGCUGUUUAUUUAAAUUCAAGUGGAAGUUUACUAGGUGGGCUGAGGAGGAAUCAGAGCCUUCCGGUCAUGAUGGGCGGCUUUGGAGCCCCAGUUUGCACAACCUCACCCAAAAUGGGAAUCCUGAAGGAAGACUGAGGCUCAGCACCGACUGACCUCACAUAUAAAUUAUUAGCACAUGAAGGACAGGGAUGCACUGAGGAUGGGAACCGGCCAAGGAGAGCAAAGGAAAGUCGAAGAAGGGCUGUGGAUGUGCGGAGGGUGUCGUGGGGGGAUGGAGGCGUUUGGGUGAGGUCUUUGAGGAUGGAGUCAUAAACAGGAGGUAAGGACAUGAGUAGGUCGGAGACAGAAAUGACAGAAAUGGAAGGAAGGGUUAGCGUGCUUCUCCAGCUGAGUUUCCUUGCCUUGAAAGUGAAAAACGAAUAGAAAAACAAAUCCAGCCCUAUGGAACACAGCAGUAAUACUGAACUGCUGGCCCCUCAGUCCCUAGAGAUCACAAGCAGGAAGAGCCUGCCUGGUAGGAGAGCCAGGAACAGCGCGGCCGUCCCGGCCUGCGGCUGUCCCAGAGGGUUGGUGCAGCGUUGUCUGUUACUAGGACUGCUGGCAUUUUCCCCGCUGAUACGCGGUCAAAUUGUGUACCCGUCCAAUGGUGCGCUCACAACAUUAGCAAAAUAAGAGUUCUGUCCCUCGCUUCAAAAGUGGAGACUUUAUUGCUUCAGAACACUCUCGGACACCGAGAGCCAAACACCACCCCUAUUGCAUUGUAUUUGCGAUUACUAAAACUUCAGUUUUUUUAAACUUGUAUUUUUGUACAACAUAACAAAAAAUUUAAAAAAUAACCAUGUGAGCGGGCUUGGGAGGGAUUUAGGACGGAAAAUGGGGGUAAAUGAGGAUCAAGAAAGCUCUUCAGGACAUUUCUUCUGGAUAAUAUGGUGGCCAAGGAAUGCAGACACAAUGCAUGUUUCUCAGAUUUCCUUGGAGGCCGUAAGGCUUAGACCAGAAGUGCAAUCAAUAGUACUUAGAUUAUGUUGUAUAUUUAUAUCUGUAAAUCUUUAAGAAAAGUUAGUUGUAACUAACUUCUUCCAAAGUGUGCUAUGCAUAUUUUUAAUGAAAGAUGACAUGUAUUUGCACAAAAAUUCUCAGGCACAUUAAAUUAUAAACUGAAGU